GCCAAUUUCAUUUGACGGCAGUCGCUCGCUAGCAGGUGCGUUGUGCGCGCGUGCGUCCGACAUAUUGCAACUGUCAGCUGAUAUUGCCACUGCCGCGAUCUCAAACAUUCGAAUACGUAAAAACGAUACUGCAAACUGCAGACUGCAUGCAUUAGAUGCCCAGGUAUUAUUAGUAAGUGCAGUGUAUAAUCGGACUGAUGAAGAUGACGGUCAAUCGAAUAAGAGUUGUGGUGCUUGGAAGCUCGCGUUGCGGCAAAUCUGCUGUCGUGGUCCGUUAUUUGACGAAACGCUAUAUUGGAGAGUACAGCUCGACAGGUGAUUUCCUCUAUCAACAUCGGGUUGCCUUCGAUGGAGCUACUUCUGAAGUUGAAGUUUUGGAUACAUGUGGAUGUGCGAAACGAGGCUGUCUAGCGGAGCAUCUUCGAUGGGGGGAUGCAUUUGCGGUGGUGUAUUCGGUGUGCGACCGGCGCUCGUUCCUCGCGGCCGCGGAACUCUUGGCUUUGCUAGAGCGGACCAGGCUUCCUGGCUGCACCGCCGUCACCUUGCUGGGAAAUAAAAGGGACUUGGAACAUGCCAGAGUUGUGAAAGCAGAAGAAGGCCAAGAGCUAUCAUUGCGGUUUGGAUGCCAGUUCUACGAGGUGUCCGCGGCGGAGUCAUGCGCGGGCGCAGCGCUUGCGUUUCACGCGUUGUUGCGGGAGGCGCGCGCGCUCGCUCUCUUGCUACCUACGCCCAGGCGUAAGCUCGCCGCUUAUUCUGUCUCUAAGGUGAUCGGCACGAUUCUCGGUUUGAGCAACAAAAGCGUGAGGAAGAAACGGCCAUCGUUGAGCAUAUGAUGUGUCGAUCCGAGCACCGGAGGAUCAUGUUUACUCCGUGACAGGAGUUUUGUUUUAUUUCUGUACAGAAACAGAAAGCUUUUGUUAUCUCUGUCGAUAUAGUAUCGGGGAGAUUUGUUGACAGAGGCUCAGGAAUGGAGUUAUCAGAUGUGACUUUAUGGCUGGACAUGGAUAUACGAAGCAAGAUUAGCCUGUUAUGAAGGUUGCUAUUUUAUUUGUAUAAUGUACAGCUAAUUUUGUAUUAAGGCGGCUUUUUAUACCCUGAUAAUGUUAAAGAUGGGAACGAUGAGGCAGAGCGCUACGUUCAUGUUAGGGCUAAAAUAAGAUCUCGGAAACCAGUUAUACUUGAGGGCUAACCGUCUAAAGUAUAUCAAAUAGCCGAUAUUCGAGUAUAAUCUGGUACUUGGCCCUUAUUUUUUUUUGCUAUAUAAAGUAAUUCUUUUGAUAUAGCAAGAGGUAUCAUGCACCAGGUUUAGCAACAAGUACUACAUUUUGUUGACGAAAUAUAGCUGGUGUCAAUUUGUAUAUUUCUUUUGUUUCUUUUUUCAGAAACCUUUGUUUAUUUCAUUAAUGUAUUGUUAAGGGACUCCCACCAAUUUCUAAUAUCGUACCACCAAAGCAUGAGUAGGUUUAUUCGUGCCGUAUGUAUGUACAUAAGAGGUAUGUAGGUAUUUUGUAUACAUUUGUACCGCGCGUACUGUUUCAUGUAUAUCACGAUAUAAAACAGGUUUUAUAUAAAAAUAUUAUUAUAUGUAUGUAGUAUUGUACCCGUAAUGCAAUGAUAUUAAUUUAUCCUAAUUAAAACUGAUUUUAUUUGUAAUUUUCGAUUUUGUUUUAUAAGUAGCCUUAUUAAAUUACUGUUAUGUUUUCAAUCAGAAUAUCACCUAUUAUAUAAAAGACUGAAUAUAUUUAGGUACGGAAUCUUGGAUGAAGGAUAUAUUGUACAUGUAUGAAUGUUACGUUUCACGAUUUUAUCAUAUUUCCUUGUAAUGAAACUGUGUAAAAAUAAAAUUUAUAAUGUA